AUGACUUCAGCGCUAAAGAAGCAACAAAAAAGUAUCUCUGAAUUAUCUGAAACCAUAAGACUCCUCGGCUAUGAUAUUCGUGAAGUUCGGGACAGGGGUGCAAGAAGUAGUAACGCGGGAUCCG